GACCCAGCAUUGCUCUCUCUUUCCAUGACUCCUCUGAUGGAACCAAUCAUCGGGGAGGAACUGGAAUCGGCCCUCAAUUCGGCCCCUUUUCUCAACCUCCCCGGGGCGUUGAAUCCUCGUGAUGUAGCUUCACUGUGUGGUCAACAUCUUAGACCGAGGCUACUGUACCGGACGGGUCUCCUAGAUCCGAAUAUACUUCAGGCUGCUGACCUUGAACGGCAUAACAUCAAACGAAUCUUUGACCUGCGCGGUGUGGAGGACCGCGCCAAAUUUCCGGAUCCACAUAUCGACGGCGUGGAAAAUGUUUGGCUACCAAGUACGGCGCCGAUGAUGACGGUGGAUCCGACGCUAUUCGGGGAGAGAAACGUAUCCGGCGUAGGAUUUCUGAAACUGUAUGAAGGCAUAUUGGAGGUCCACACUCCCAGUUUUCGGGCAGUGAUGGAACACGUGAGAGAUCGCCCAGAAGACGGGUUACUGUUCCAUUGCUCUGCUGGAAAAGACCGAACUGGCGUCCUUGCUGCACUUCUACAGAUGCUAGCAGCGGUCCCACCGACUAAUAUUGCAGCAGACUACACGGUGACGCGAAUCGGAAUCGAGCCCGCCCGGACUCGUCUUCUAGCAAUGCUCUCCAAAAGCGGCACGGGUGUGUCCGUUGAACGCCCGGGGACCCUAGCGAUUGGAUCGGUACAUCCGCAGACCAUGUUUGCGUUCGUAGAAUUGGUGGAGAACCGAUGGGGUUCUGCAGAGGGCUAUUGCGAGAAGAUGCUCGGGCUUCAACCAGAGGACAUUUCGAGAAUAAAGAGCAAUCUAAGGCCGAUAUAGCUCUACCCAAUUAUGGCGACAGGCACAUCACAAGGAAAGACCAAUAUGGUAUAG